UUUCUCACAUAAAGCAUUGACAUUAGCUAAAAUUUGUAAUUAAACUCUCAACACUGCCCGUGAGCUUUUCCAACACUGUUCGAUAAGAGUAAAUUCCAGUUGCGGCCAACUUCACGCAGCUUUUUGCACAACUUUUGACACUCGAAUCCAGUUGGGGCAAAGAAAGAAAUAGAAUUAAUAUCAAUCAUGUCGAUCUCAAACUAUAGAUUACAGACCAAAGUGCGCCUGCAGCCUCUGGUGCUAUUCCAAAUUAUCGCGGCCUACGAGCGGCGCCCGAAGACGGCCAAAAUGGCUGUGGGCACACUGCUGGGACGUCGCGACAGGUGCAACGACAUCAUCGAGAUCACCAACAGCUACACAGUGCAGCACAAGGAGCAGCAGAUUGGCGAGAUGGAACAGUUCAAGCUGGACACGCAGUACGCGAGCGAAAUGUUCGAACUGAAUCAGAUCACCUAUCCACAGGAGAAGAUCAUCGGAUGGUACAGCACCGGGAAGUCGCUCUCGCGCUCGGCUGCUGCGCUGCACGCUUACUAUGCGAGGGAAUGCCGCGACAUGCAGCCGCUGCAUUUGCUCGUGGACACAACUCUGAGAGGUGGACACAUGACCACGCGCCUCUAUUGUGGCGUCACGAUGGGCGUGCCGGGCGGCACUAGGGGCCUGCUCUUCACACUGCUGCCGCUGCUCAAAAUAAACACAGAUGGCGAUGAGUCGGUGGCUUUGCGGCUCAUGCAGAAGCAGGCGCUGCAUCCGACCAAGCAGCUGGGUCGCAUGCUGCCGGAGCUGGUGCACGUAAUGGAGGCGACUCGAGAGCUGGAACAGAAAUUGGAUCUAGUGAUGCGCUACAUCAAUGAUGUCUUGGCGCGCAAACGUCGACCGGACAACAGCAUUGGACGUGCUCUGCACGAUGCUCUGACAUCUGUUCCGCUGCUGGAUGCGGACAGCUUUCGCGUCAUGUUCAAUGCCAAUGUGCGCAACAUGCUGAUGAGCAUUACGCUGUCCAGCAUGAUCAAGACCCAAAUGGAGCUGAGCGAGAAGCUGUCCUAUUUGCCAGAUCAUUGAUUGUUGUACUUUGUUUUAUGAAUUUAUUAAAUGAGUAAUUAUUAUUGGGCAGUU